GAGGGGCGGGGUCACAGCUCCCGGAGUGCAGUGCGGGCGGGGAGUAAACAGGACGGAUCAGCGGCCGGAGAGGUGCGGGGUGAGCAUUUGAUACCGUGGACCAUGGGCUUCUGAUUGAGCGACUGAUACAUUUUUGUGGACUGGAUGGCACAGUUAUCAUUUCUCACAGGUACAUCUUUGGAGCAAUGGCGAGUGACCCUCCCCCUCCUUAUCCUGGGGGUCCGACAGCCCCAUUACUAGAGGAAAAGCAUGGCUCACCCAGCAUGGAAGAUAACACACAACCACUCGGAGCCUAUCCUCCCAACAUGCCUUUUGUACCCCCAGAAUCAGGACCCCCUCCGUAUGAGGCCACACCCGGCUACAUUGCGCCAAAUCAAGGUUAUUACCCUCCUCCUGGGCCUUAUGCACCUAUGGGCUACUACCCACCCACCACAGGGCAAUAUCCUGCUCCAUUCCCGUCGCCUGGGGCACAUGCCACCACCGUCAUUAUGCCACCCGUAGCAGGCGCUGCCUCCGCCUCCACUACGGUGACGGUCCUGCAGGGGGAAAUAUUCCAGGGCUCCCCGGUACAGACGGUGUGCCCUCACUGCCAGCAGCCCAUUAUCACUAAAAUCACACAUGAGAUCGGACUUAUGAACUUCCUGCUGUGCUGCUUCUGCUGCUUUGUGGGGUGCGACCUGGGCUGCUGCCUCAUCCCUUGUAUGAUCAAUGACCUGAAAGAUGUAACCCACACCUGCCCCAACUGCAGGGCUUAUAUCUACACUUACAGAAGAAUGGGCUAGAAGCAUCUCACCAGUUCUCUUCGUCCGAUCCCAUCUCAGAGCUACAAUCUCAUCUCCUCCUCCUCCGUCCACCCAUCUCAACUAUAACGCUGUGAAUUGUCUUGUUCUGGAGACUGAAUAUGGCUGGGUCGCUCACUCGGUGGUCUCCUCUAACGUGAAUACAGAAAUGGUGUUGGGCCGACGUAUAUAGGAAGUCUUCUGGCGACUAGCAGGAGCGUUCGUUGAAUAAGACAUGCAAUGCUUUUACGGUUCUUUUAGAUGUAGGCGGUCAGUGUGUCAAAGCCUUUGCUAGGUAGUCUAACCAGAUUGACAGGGAAACCACGGACCUGUACAAGGAGGUAACGGGCGCUGGCCUUGCACCUCUCUCCCGGACUGUGUCACGGAUGGCCUCCAGAGAAGGAAAUUCGGAUGGCUUGUGGGGCAUUGUCAUGUUAUUUAUUUUACUUUGUGUGUUUUAUUCAUUCUCCAGGCCCAUUCUGCCUACCUCAGAUAUUUGUGGGGUUUUGUGAAGUCCGACACUAUCAUUGAAGAAGAAACGCGUCGGUACUACCUUUAAAAACAAAUGAUCUUUAUGUUAAAAUGCAAUGUACUGCUAGUGACCGUUGUUCAAAGCAGCAAUCCUAUAUAGAGGUUUUUGUUUCUCUUUUAAAUAGCAAGUUACCUUUUUAAAAAAUCAUGAAUCUGAUACUAAUUUUUCAUUAGCUUCUAUUUGAAGUCCGUGGUGGGCAGACGGGUAUGGCUGCCAAACACAGUCAGUCUGCCGCAAAGACACAUGGGAUGGUUUGAUGGUAAUAGGGAGGAGGAGGAUUUGACAGCGUCACAGAUGCAUUCAAAAGCCCCUCUGCUCACUUCACCAUGUGUCGUGUGACUGUGGUUGCCAUGGUAAUCGCAUUAAAAAGAAACAUUGGUAAAUUACAAGUUUCUUAUUACCAACCACAGUGAUAUUUUUUUGUGUGGAAUUGCUGCUUUAAACAAUCUCUUGAUUGGCUGUGAGUGGGAACCAUUGGUUCCGUUCUGUUUUGGCAUUCUGGACUUUAAUGGGAAUGAAGGAAGCCGCCCACCGCUGUCUAAACAACAGCAGGAGUGGCGGAUAUUGUCGCUGGCUAUCUGGACCGUCAAUACUGAGGGAUGUUCCACAUGGCUAUAUGCACACUAAUGGGAAGAACAGCAUUACGUGUGUACUAUAGGUACCAGUAUAUAAUGGUCACCUCUGAGUGACGUCUCCGCUUACGCUUAGUCCUUUCCCAUGAGAAGGAUUCCAGUGAUGAUACUAAGAGUAGCUGUAACCGUGACACUAUAUUCCUGCAGAGCAUGGAAAUCCCGUCCCCUGUUCCCGCAAUGCACUUUUAGACCGCAUAUAGCCGCCUGUUAAUUGCCAUAUCUGGGAAUGUUUUGCUGCAUCUCAUACUAUGUCUCAUCAAGUAGUGUAGUUCUGACAAUUGUAUAUAACACAAAAUAUAUAUCGGGAAUUGCUUCAGUUGUUUCCUAUCAUUUUCCCCAGUCGGCCAUGAUGCACUCUGAUCAAUGGAUUCUCUUCUCAGGUUUGCAGAUUUAUAAUUGUGUGAGUGGCCGGACAUUCUGACGCCGCCCAAACGUGAACUUUUCUAGUCAUUUUUGCGCUGGACACCGAGCAGAGUUGUAAUUGCUUAUUAACUAACGCUAACUCCGCAGUUUUCUGCCCAUCGUGGUCCUCAAGUGGUAAGGCUGCUACUGACUAUUAUCUGCUCAGCGUUAACUAUGCCAGUUAUUUCUUUUUUUUUUAAUAGGAGGAUUAAUCCCGUCCUUACCAAUUUCCAAAUCUGGCCUGUCACCUUCAUGCGACUGAGAAAUCCUUAUUUCUGCAUGCCGUCCUUCAACUUUUAAUACUUUCCGUGCUCUUCAGCCAUGCACUGACACACCAUUUGGCUGUUUGUCUGCCUUGCCCCGUGUUAUGACAUAAUGUACAUCUUCUUAUCUGAGGACAACGACGACAACAACAAGAAAUUCUGCCUGAUAACCUUAAGACAAUACUGAAAAGCACAGAAGAUAAAAGUAAAGGUUGCAGGAGGGCAUGCACAAAGCAGCCCAUUCGCUGUGUAAUGCUGGGCCGCUCCCUUUAAAUAUUGGGAAGUAAUAAGGAUGAUAUUUUCUACUUACUCGCUCCGCAGGACCCCAAAUGUGUCACACUUCCCAGGUCCCCUAGCAGGUGUACUCAUUACUCACACAUUUUAAAAGAUCCACAGGUGGAGCUAAUUAUCUCACUUGUUAUUGUGUCAGGAGACCUGGAAAACAUGAACCGUUUGGGGUCCAAGAUGGAACAUCUUGUGGGGCGGCAAAGGCUCUUGCCUUGUGAGCCUACACGGUAAGGGGGACGGGGAUAAGUUCUAAAAAGUUUUGAUAUAAAAUGAUAUAAUUUUAUGCUUUGUGGUCCUUUAAAAAAAAUAUAUCCCUGUUGUAGCCUAUGGUUUCUUUAUUUGACUGAACUAGGUAUGCUCAGCGUUGGGUGUAUUUACAUGCUUUGAUGUCAUGUAUUGUAACGUUGCUGUAGCUGUACUGUAAGGUUCCCGUCCCGGUAAACUAACGAUUGCUAGGUGUCUUCAGAUAUCCGGGUGAAGAAAUGGCUACUGAUCACUCCAGCCACAUGCCGUCCCUGCGGAUGUUAAUGUGUACCCACUUGUCAUGCGGUAUAGACAGCCAAUUGUGAGCUGAACCCACAUUCUGGCUAUCCAAUCGCUUCACCGAGGCACGAAACUUUAAACGCUUCCGAGUAAAUUGAUGGUUUUGCCGCGGACUCACGGAGUAGCUGCAUGUACUGUGUACAGGUGACAGGCACGUUUUAACUCCGCGACAUCCGUACAUCGUAUCCUCCAACUGCGCAAACUAAGUAAUUCAGACACCAGCACGCACAGCUGUCAAGUGGACUUUCUUUGUUUUUACAUUUUGUUUAGUUUUAUAUUUUGCCAAUUUUAACCACGUGACCUCCGUUGCCUCAAAGCGGUGGAUGUCUAUAACUGUGAAAAUGUUUUAUUCAAUAGUAAGUUGCAUUAAAACACUACUGACCUUAA